GAGUUGUCCACAGUGUUAGUAAAACAGACGGGGUGAAAGUCCAGUUCAAAGGUUUCACCAAAGUCAUCACUGUACAAAAAGUUACAUUCACAGGUAAGAUAACAAUUCCAUCUCUUCUACACCCUCUACAAAUGUAAACAUGAAUAUUCUCCUUAAAUUGUCUUAACUCAUUUGCGCAUGGGAUGAUUUUGCUGAAGACUACUCUUAUUUAAGUUCAUCAAUUUGCAGAAAGCAAUUUAUAAUGCUGUUUUAUUAAUCAUUUGACAUUGAAAGGUUUGACACAAUAUGAUUACUGGGUUAUUAUGACUUUAUGAGCAACUUCUCUAGUAUUGGCACACUGUUUUCAAAUGUCGUCUUGUGCGAGAUGCGAGAGUGUCCCAAUGGAGCUAAACAAAAUCUCUUGACAGGAGCUUGGUUGUCUUAACCUUUAAGGUUAGGUAAUAACAAUACAACUGUGUGUAUGAUGCUCAUGCAUGGAAGACAUCUUUUCUGCACCAAGCUGACCUAUGAGUGUAUAAGCAUGGGAAACAAUUUGUCUUUAGAGAAAUCUCCUUUAUAAUUUCAUUGUGUGUGACUGAGAUGAAAUUAAACUUCAUUUGACAGAUUAUUCUUAUAUUUCAGUGUUUAAUUCAUCUAUGAAUGAGAGCAGAGCAUGGAGAAAGCAGUAUCCUCUUAAAUUGGCAUUCGGCCUCACUAUCCACAAGGCACAAGGAAUGACACUUGACAGGGUUGAGGUAGACUGUAGGGAUAUAUUCCGGCCUGGGCAGCUUUGCGUGGCACUCUCACGUACAAAAAGACCAGAAGGACUGCGGGUCAUCAACUACCAUCCGAGAUAUGCACUGAAACCUGCAAAGAAAGUGACAGACUUCAUGGAUCAGAUCCCAAAGGAAACACUGACAGAUAAGAGCUGUUGCCAUAUAAAGAUAAGGCAAGAGGGCACUAUGAUUGCUGGUGACCAAGGAGACGAUGAAGAUGACACACAGGAGCAGCCCAUGUUGACAGACCCAACUGUUGAAGAGAGGUAA